AUGGCCAUGAAGACCCAGCUACCCUUCUACAGCCCCUUCUCAAUCCUCCCACUGACCCAUGGACCAGAAGGACGGAACCUGCAAUGGAAGGAGCCUUUCAGGCAGGGGCCAGCUCUGCACUGUCCCUGGUUGUCUCAGGCUCCUCUGAGAGGGAGAUACCCUCUGAACCAGGUAACUGACAAAGUGAUGCAGAGGGCCUCUGCUGUGCAGCUGCCACAGAAACAGGGGACAGAUCAAAGCAGGAGAGGACCAACAUCUGUGGCAACCAGAGCAAGGAAGAGGUCCAAACAAACGGAAUGA